UACUUUUUUCUUAAUAUUAUUCUGUAAACCCCUUUCAUAUAAUGACGACAAAGCUUAACUGUUGAAGGCAGAGAAAACAUGUUUCUCCAUAUAUUAAUUUUAUCACCGUACCGACAAUCGGCAACCGAUUAAUGAAUGUUUCAUUGGUAAUUGGUUUAAGAAGUAGAGAACCAACACUAUCCACAGAUAUCUGAAAAUGUUCCACCAAGAUGUCCUCACUCACAUCCUUCUACACCUCCCCGUCAAGUCUCUCCUCCGCUUCAAAUGCGUCUCCAAGCAGUGGCUCUCUGUCAUCUCCAGCCCCCAGUUCCACCACCGCCGCCGCCGUCUCGCCUCCUCCGGCAUCAUCUUGUGUCAAACAACCGAUCUCAUCCACGACAUAUCUCUUGCCGGAAGCAACUCCGACCCACCCUUCACAUCCCUGAGCUUCAUCGACGACUCGGCAGGUGUCAAGAUCCUCCAGUCCAGCAAUGGCCUGCUCUUGUGCUGCAGCAGCCUUCACAAAGUGGGUAUACGCCGCAGCUAUUACAUCUGCAAUCCUUCCACAAAGCAAGUCUUGAUUCUUCCUGAAGCAGAUUGCGAGUCCAAAACUAUUUCUGGAGUUUACUUAGCUUUUGAUUCGUCCAAGUCGCCUCACUACCAAGUUGUGUCUGUUCGAAGUUGUUCUUCCCCAUCAUCAUCCAAUAGCUAUCGCAUCGUUACUUACUCUUCAGAGACUCGGGCUUGGAGGCUUUCCGGGUCUCCUUUCGCUGCCCCAGACAUGGCGUUUGACAAUGGAGUGCUUUGGAAUGAUGCAAUACACUGGAUUAGUCCAACUGGGGAUUCAUUAUGUUUUGACAUCGAUCAAGAACGCCUCGGAACACUGCCUAAUCUUCCAUCAACUGAGAAAUGGAGCAACAGGAGGUUGAGGUAUUUCGGCGAGUCCGGUGGCCAUUUACACCUAAUUGAAGUCUACGGCAGCGCGACUCAAUUCCAUGUCUUUGAGAUGGAGAGAGACUACUCUAGCUGGCUUCCAAAGUACCAAGUUGACAUAGCAGCGAUUGUUGAUGCAUUUCCACUGAUGGUUUGGAACUACCCUAACGCUAAUGAUUCUGUUUUUUAUGCAUUUAGUCUGCUAUUUCUCAAAGAAGAUGAAGAGGACUCAAUUCUGUUGUUGCAAGUACCUGGUGAGUUUCUAUCAUAUAAUCUUAGGGAUGGGACCUUCAAGAAGCUUGGUCCAAUAUCCACCACAACAAAUAUUGCAUUUCAGAUUGGAUGUUUCCAUGCAUAUCAGUUUACAGAGACUUUGGCUAGUGUUUGAUCUGUCUCAUCCACUUUGUCGUUACAUAUUCUGUACUUACUAGGUGUUAAGAACAAUAACCCCGCCCCCCCCACCCAGGCAUGUUCAGAUCAAUAAUGAUUUUACCUUGCUUGGGUUAAGAAGACAAACCUUACAGGUGUCUGCGCUUUAGCUCAGGACAGCCAUGGAUCCCUAGUCGAUGGUUCUACACGAGUUUGUUUGUCUGGCUCCUUCCUGGAGGUUGAAGCUAGAGCUGCUUUGGAAGCUGUAGAACUGACGAAGCGCGUUCCUCACGUCCCAAUCCUCCUUGAGUCCGAGUCAAAGUCAUAAGUGGACUCCCAUCAUCAAUAAAUCAAGCACUUGCCAUUGGAAAAUUACUCCAAUUAUCUCAAAAAUCAAUAAUGAUUUUACCUGCAUCAACAGUCUGCUUGGUUUUGGAUCCCCAGAGAAGCGAAUUCGGUUGCCCACUUGGUGGCCUCGCUAGUUGUGAGGAAGAAAUGCUCGGAGGUCUGGAUUUAUCGUCCACCUUCUUCCCUUGUUUUUGUUCUCUUUCGAGAUGGUUUACUAUGCUCCCCGCCUUCUAGCUCGUAUUUUGGGUGCCCAUGACUCAGCCGAGGUCCUGAUUGCCAUAAUUUUCAUCGGCGACUCCAUUUCAGGAAGCUCUGUUUCUUAGUUUGGCUCAGUUCAUGUUUCUGUCGCUGGAUUUCUUCAUCUCCAGACUCCAGUUUUCGGUUUUUUUUUUUUUUUUGGUUCCCUUGUCUUCCGUUUGGGCUUGACUUGGUAACUUUGCUCGUUGGGCUUUGCUUAUGGCUUGGCCUUUUGUUUGUAUUUCUAGCCUUGGACUUCUUAUGAAUUUUAAUCUGACCCAAAAAAAAAAAAAAAAAGAUAAUGAUUUCUUCA